GAGGAUGCCAUGCCGGGAGCGGGGGCAGCCAGCCAUGACGGCCUGUUGCCAGAUGAGAGAGAAUUUCAAUACGCUGCUAAAAUGAACAAUUUGGAAACCAUGGAAAAGCUGUUUUCAAAGAAUGUUAAUAUAAAUGCUGUAGAUACCGUGAGUAUGAAGCAUCUGACAGAUCACUGAUCUGGAAUGUGACUCCUGGGAGUUGCACGGUGGAAUCCCAGCGCACUAGCCCUGUCAGCUGCAAGGUGGUGAGGCUGCGGGAGUCCCUUUUAGGACCUGAUUAGGAAACGUUUCACGCGUCCAGUAUGGACAGUAGGAUUUGUGCAGCGCAACCCACAGGUCUUUCCAUUUAGCCACCAGUCUGUGCAUCACGUUGGGAACUAAGGAAUUCUGAAUUGCGGUCCCUGCUCUAAUAUUUACUCUGGUUUGGGGUGACUAAUUUCUCAAGUUCCUCAUCUUUCAGAGCAGAAGGACUUAACUUCACAGUCACUUUGAGAAUGGAUUUAUGCUGCUAGCAUUACAAAUUUCAAAUCUGAAGCGUACCGCGCUCCAUUUUGCUGUUGCAAGAAGUCAUAUGUCGGUGGUGGAUUUUCUUCUCCAUCACAAAGCUAGACUUGAUAUGGCGGAUCAGCAUGGCCUGACAGCGAUUCAUCUUGCAGCUUGGAGUGGAAAUCUGGACAUAAUGCGAAAAUUAGUUAAAGCAGGUGCUGAUCAAAAGGCUAAGAAUGAGGAAGGAAUGAAUGUACUGCACUUCGCAGCUCAGAACAACAGCGUUAAAAUAGUUGAUUAUUUUCUCCAAGAUCUUCAUCUGAAUGACUUGAACAAGCCUGAUGGGAAAGGUAAAAAGCCCUUUCUUCUGGCAUCUGAAAAAGGCCAUGUUGACAUGAUAAACAAUUUGAUUACUCUGAAGCUGUUUACAUCUGAAAAAGAUAAGGACGGAAACACAGCAUUGCAUCUAGCAGCCAAAAAUGGUCACAGCGAAGUUGUAGAAAUUCUGCUCGAGCAGUGGGAGGAAAUAAAUGACCUCAAUGAGAAUGGAGAAACUCCAUUUUACUUGUCUGUUGAAGGAGGUCAUGAAAAAUGUGCUGAACUCUUACUGGAAGCAGGGAGUGACAUCAAUGUUUUAACUCAAGUACGUACACAGCAUCCCUCAAGCACACAGAACAAUAGCAGUGCUUUGCAAACUGCGAUUCAGAAUGGACAUCUAUCCUUGGUUAAUUUUCUUAUUGAUAGGAAUAUUGACCUGGUUCCUAAACCCGAGCAGAAGAAUUCCCCUCUCCAUUUAGCAGUCGUCAAUAAUCAUCUAAUGGUAGUAAGAAGCCUCUUAGAUGCCAAUCAUGAUAUAAACUGCUUAAAUCAUAGGCAGGAAACCCCUCUACAUCUGGCAGCUGAUCUUGGCAACGUGGAGCUGGUGGAAGUGCUGCUGAAGGCAGGCUGUGAUCUCAAGCCUGUGGACAAGUAUGGCAAAACUGCACUAGCUGUGGCAUCAAGGAGCAAUCACGCCCUCAUUGUAGAUAUGAUCAUUAAAGCAGAAAGGUAUUACGCCAUGAAACAGGAACACCUAGCUCAUAGUGAGCAUGGGUCAGACUUCAGCUUGUCCUUCAAACAAGAUCAUAGCACACAGACCAAGCAAAUCCGUUCCUCCCUCUGGUAUCUAGCAUACAACCAGUUAAAACCCCAGGAAUGGAAAAAACUGGCCCUCUUCUGGAAGUUCACGGAUGAACAAAUUAAAGCUAUAGAAGAACAAUGGACAGGCAAAAAAAGUUAUAAGGAACAUGGAAACAGAAUGUUGCUCAUCUGGCUUCAUGGUAUCUUGCUGGCUCAUCAGAAUCCUGUCAAGCAUAUGUAUGAAGAUCUGGUGGAAGCAGGAUUUCAGCCUUUAGCUGAGAAGAUCAGAGCUGCAAGGAGCCCUGAUAUGGACUCCAGAAAAUGUGCAAUUUCAUGAAUUCAUCAAAAAAACCCGUGGCAUAUAUGAUAGAAUUACAUGCCAGAUGGAAAGUGAUAUUGAAAUACAAAUA